UUAGUUGUAAGUAUGCAGGUUAUAAUAACGUGAACGAGGUUCUGUUGUUCAAGCUGUCAGACCACUUCAAAAUUUCAAAUUACAUUUUUAUGUAUUAGUUGUUUUUUAGUUAAUUCUAAUUACGGGCAUAGUUGCAAAUUAAGUGUGGUUAAUUAUGUCUGGAAACAAUGUUUAUGGUGAAAUGCUCCUCACCAUAACGUCUGAGAAGUUUUAUAUCGAACCUGUUCAAGAUAUGGAUAAUAGCCUUAUUCUAGAUAGGGUUACAGGAAAUAUAACAAUAUCAAAUGUUCCAGGAAGCAGUGGGGAUGCACCAGUGGUUGGAGAAAAAAAAACUAUUUAUGGUAUUCUUGGUACUAUUAGGCUACUAGCUGGGCAAUACCUGGUAGUAGUGACUGGCAGAACUAAAAUUGGUAAUAUAUGGAGAAGGGAAGUUUUUCAGAUGGACUCUGCUGAGGUUAUAUGUUUUUCUAGAAGUACCACUCAUCUGAAUGAUAAGCAGAAAAGGAUUGAAAAGGAGUAUAUAUCAAUGUUGGAAUCCAUUCUUGCUACGCCUUACUUCUACUUUUCAUAUUCCUAUGACCUUUCUCACACAGUUCAGAGAUUGCAUAAUAUAUCACCAGACUUUUUAAAAAUGCCUAUGUACCAGAGAGCAGAGCAGAAGUUUGUUUGGAAUGAAUAUCUUUUAUCUGACUUUGCCAAAAACUCAGGGGUCUCUAGAUUCUGCCUUCCAAUCAUUCAUGGCUAUCUUUCAAUUACAUCUUGCAUUUUAAAUGGCAAAACCUUCAGUCUCAUCUUAGUCUCCAGAAGAUCUAAGGAUAGAGCUGGGACCAGACUAUUUACUAGAGGAAUUGACUCUAAUGGAAAUGUUGCUAACUUUGUUGAGACUGAACAAAUUGUUGAGGCAAAAUUUGAGCGUGCUAGUUUUGUCCAGACACGAGGUUCUAUGCCAUUCUUCUGGCAGCAGUACCCUAAUCUGAAACUGAAACCAAGGCCUAGUAUAAUCCAAGAGGAAAAUCAUACUGCUGCCUUCAGUAAGCAUUUUGAAACACAGCUGAUGGACUAUGGGAGACAAGUUAUAGUGAAUUUGGUUGACCAUUCUGGCUCUGAGGGCAAGCUGGAAGGAUUCUAUAGAAAACUAGUGAAUGAAGCAAAUAAUCCCAAUCUGAAGUAUGAAGCUUUUGACUUCCACAGAGAAUGUUCUAAGCUAAGGUAUGAUAGAUUGAAGAUUCUCAUAGAUCGCCUGGCCUAUGAUUUAGAACAAAUGUCGGUGACUAUGAUUGUUGGAGAUGGAACUGUUAUAUCUCAGCAGGAAGGUGUAUUCAGGACAAAUUGUAUUGACUGCCUGGACAGGACUAAUGUGGUUCAAUCGUUGUUGGCUAGGGCCAAUCUUACAUAUAUUUUACAGAGACUAACAAUAUUAAAGAAAGGACAAACAGUUGAGGAUCAAGUUGGUCUUGAAAACACAUUUAAAAUACUCUGGAGUGACCAUGCAGAUCUAAUAUCAAUCCAGUAUUCAGGUACAGGAGCAUUAAAAACGGAUUAUACUAGAACAGGAAAAAGAACGAAGUCCGGAAUAAUUCGAGAUGGGAUAAACUCUCUUGUGCGAUACUACAAAAAUAAUUUUCAGCAUGGUUUUCGUAAAGAUGCAUUGGACCUUUGGCUUGGUCAUUACCGGGUUUCUUCAGAAGAAGGAAUAGUCAUCAGAAGCCCUCUUGAUGUUAAAAGGGAAUUCAAAUAUACAGCUUUUCCACUUAUCCUUCUUGUUGCUAUUGCUAUGUUCUUCGCAAAUCUGGUUACACCAAGUGAAUAUACCACUGGCACUCUCCUGUCUCUGAUAUUCUGGUGCUCUAUGGUUUCAGCAACUCUCAUUGCCAUAUUUUACAAUGGUUCAGAGUAUGUAGAUUGCCCAAGACUGUGCCCUCUUCUUAGGUCACCAUCUGUCUAGCUAAGCUGUAUGGAUAAUGGUAUAACAGGAGGUCAUGCUGAAGAAGAUUCCAGUCUUUUUUAGUUUUCAUUCUUUCAUGGUGUAAAAGUUGUAAAUUUUUAUGUAUAGAAUAAAAUUCUUGUGUUUAUAUCUUCAUAUUUAUGAUAUUUUCCUUUAAUUUAAGCUUCAAUCACCACUACAUUCGAUUAUUUUGCAAAUACAUUUUUGUAAAUAUUUGUUCGCAAUUUUCUUUAUAAAUGAUUGAUGAGGCUGACAAUGAUGAUGUAAAUGAAAGUGUUUAGAUCCUAGUCUAUUGAAAAACUUUUGUUUAAAAAUAAAAUCAACAUUUGUGUGUACUUAAAUAAAAGCAAAUUAAAAUUUUUGUGGAUUUUAUCUUGAUUAAAAUUUUCAUAAAUGCUUGUAGACAUUUUUUUAAACAACUAUUAUGUUAUGAUCAUUUUUUUAUUAAUGGUUAAAUAUUUUACUUAAUUU